AUGGAAGCCGAAGGAAGGUGCCCGCCUUCCUUCGCUGUGUGCACCAUCCGUGAGCGCGGAGGUAAACUGCAGGCCCUAGUCCUCUCGAGCACGCUGGGGUUUGACGACACAGCACUCAAUCUUGAUGACGGUGUAGCUGAUGUCUUGAUGACGACACUCGUGAUGCACUACCCCGACAUGCUGAUCCUGUCCGACCAGAGCGACUUCAUUCGAGAAGCCAUGGAAGCUCGGGCCAUAGGAGAGUCGGAGGUGCUGGCUUGGAGCGAAACAAUCCGGCGUGCCUUCACCCCUCCGCCUCCCAAGCGCCAGUCGGAGCAGAUCGAUGUCCUCAUUCUGCCAAACAAACGGCUUGAUGAACGACUGUUAGCAGUGGAGGAGCAGCUUCGAGCACAGUCAGACGUAGCAGCACCAAACGCGCUUGAAGGAGCUUCAACGUCAGGCGGGCUGAGCCCUGUCACCGUGCAGCCACCGGCCACCAAGUCCGUGCGCCCGAAGAAGAAAGGUUCGCAGUCGUUGUCGGCAUUCUGGUACGAGUGGUUCACUGCCGAGCCUUCAAAAAGACAACACUCCGCCUCUGCUUUCAAGAACGAGGUGCUCAACAUGGGGCAGGAAGUGCAAGCGAACGCUCUCGCCUUCUUGAAAGCAAACGGAGCUUCGGCUCUCGCUGCCGGCACCGCGUUGAAGGCUCUGCGCAAGCUACACAAGACCGACAAACUCGAUGCCCUGAUCGCUGACUUCCACGAGCGCGUCACCAAUGGUGCCAUCCAGCUGUCCACAACGCCGUCGGCCACUCUCAACAUACCACUGCUGGCCUCGAGCGCCAUCACCUCGCCCGAGGUCACGCUGCUGUCCACGCAUCCACCGCCCCGCACGACCUUCUGCACCUCCACCGCCCCGCGCGGCACCACCCCCGAACUGCUGCUACCGCUGGCCUCGAGCGCAAUCACCUCGCCCGAGACCAUGCAGCUGUCCUCCCUGCCGCCGACGCCCGUCUUUCUCUUGGUCCUGCUGAAGAAUUCUGCGCUGCUGCUGCUGCUGCUGCUGCUACUGCUGGAUGUGGCACCCCGCCAGCUCCUGGUAGACCUCUCGCGGGACGAAGGCGAAGAGCAGCGCCGCCGCGGAUAG